UUACGACGAUAAGACGUGCUAAUAAUAAUUAUUAAAAAAAACUAAGUGUAAGAUAAGAUAAAGUUUAGUGGCAUACCUGUGUAAAUAAGACAACAAGAAUUUGAUAGUGAUCGUGCAUAGUAAGUUAGUGUUUAGUGUAGAACAUUCUAGAAUUCUAAGAAUACGCAAUGACCUGAUCGGUCACGGGUUAAGGAACACCCUCUUUACUCAAGACAGUGGGGAAAUUAUACGCUUAAACAUGGAUUCUCCGAAGAUUGUCUACAAAUAUUAUUCUAACCCAGCAUUUUGCGCUCAAAGUGAAGUCAUUUUCGCUCAAAAACAAUGCAUGACCAAGAUUGUAGCACCCAACCGACGAAUGUCACCUUUAGGGGGCAACUCUCCAAGAAAACAUGUUGAAACACGAAUCAUGAGGACCGAUAUCUCAGAUAAUCCUCUAAGGAUGUCUCCAGCUGGAGCAAGACGCGAUGAACCACCGGAAUUACCACCAAAACCGGCCAAAUUUCAAGCCAGAAACUUCCAAAGACAAUCAUCUUUAGUGUACAAACCUACAAGAACAGUGAGAUGUCGAACUAGAAGCGAAGAUCUUGAAAUGGCCCAGUUAAAACAAGAGAGGAGAUCAAAAUACGACAGAAAUGCCGAAAGCGAUGAUGGACUAGAAGAUAGUAGAUAUAAACAUAGAUACGAAGUCAUUAAGGAUGAUAUAUAUGAAGGCAUGGAUUAUUCCCCAACGAAGAAAAGGAUAAUAGAAGCUGAUGCUGCAGACAUUGAGGAAUAUAACGUAGACGGGCCAGAUGAUAACGAACUGAAAGAAAUUCCAACGGAAAUUGUCAAAACAGUGAAUGGUAAGACUCACAGAUACGCCAUAGUGCCUUCGGACGACGACGAACCGGUACCAGAGCCCGUACGACGGAACAAUGUGACAUUUUCGUCUCCAAUGAUGUCCACGAAGAAUUUAAUAGCGACACAGAAGUUACACGAACUUUUGUCCACGCCCAGGAAGUUAAAAAGCUACGCAAGCCAACCAUCAGUGCAUGUGACCCCAAAUAAAUCUUCGCUUAGUCCAAACAGAUACAAUUCGAAUACUCCUAAUAAAAUUUUGUCCAGUACACCAACAAAAGGUGUGACUCCGUCUAAAUCUUGUGCUAAUCUUACUUCAAGAAGUCUAGUUACUUCGCCAAUUUCGCCAAGGGCUCAACAAAAGCUACAUUACGGAUUGCCAGAUGAAUUUAACAGGACAGAUGUUUUUGUAACUAGUUUUAGGGAAAAGAGUCACGAUAGGAGUUUAGAUUUAGAUAGGAGAAAUGUGAGUAGAGAUAGCAGAAGGGUAAAGGAACAGAAGAAGGAUAGGACGACUGCUGUGAUCACGCCAAGAGUGGCUGCGCCCGCGCCUUCCGUCUACUCGGACGACACCUACAAAUCGUUUUCUUUCGUCAAGACCGGGGGCUCUAGGGCUUCGCUGACCGUCGCCGCCAUGAUGCUGACCCUCAGUGGAGGCCUAACCACUGGCCUUAGCUUCUUUAUGAUGUAUGCUAUGGGUCGCCGUUAUUACCUAGACUUUGGCGUGUUUUCCGGCUUCACUUGCUUUUUGUUGGGGCUGCUAGGUUGCAGGUCGAGGAGGAGGCACCUUCUGCCUAAUAGGAAUUAUAUAUCAGGGUACAUAGUCCUCUCAUCGUUCUCGCUGCUCAGCGCGGGCGGGCUCAUCAUGCUGUUGACACUGGACCCGAAGCCUGGCACCCCGCUCAGUGACAUCACGUCGGGAGCCGUCUGCGGAGUAAGCGUGCUCUCAUUAGCUCUGGCAGCGCUUGGAGUCUUCGCCUCUUACUGCUGUGCCAGAGACCCGCCCGAUAAUAGAGUCGGCAGUGCUACGUGGUAUUGAAUUUGUUAGGUCCUAAAGCAGGGUUUCUCAAGAAGCAAGCACACUCUUUACAUUAAUAUUACAAAGAUUUUGGUACUGUAUGUGUUACUUUUUAUUAAAAUAAAAACCUUAUUUUCUUCUACAGUCAAAUUUAUUUUUGUCUUGCUCAUUAGUUAGUAAGGGGUUCGCCAUCAUUUGGAAAUUUUAACAGAGGUUCGCGGAGCCGAAAGUUUGAGAAACCCUGUCCUAUAGCGAAAUAUGUUCAAUAUAUUUCUGCCCAACAGCCAUAUUGAACAUAUUUCGCUGAAUUCUUGCAUAGAUUUCGGAAUAGAUUUAGGAAUUCCGAAUCUGAAUAAAGGAAUUAAAUAUGAAGCCAGUGAAGAUAUACUUAUAUGUAUUAUGAAGUCCACUAUUUAUUUAAUAAUUUACGAAUUUUAUUGUAACUUAUAAAAUUAUUUGUAAACAGCUACUUAAUGUCUUAGCGAUAAUUAAAAGAGUGUAAUAGGAUCACUCGAUCUCUGUCUGCUUAAGUCGAACUAUUACCUAAGUCUUAUUUUAUGGACUCUAUUGACACGAGGAGUCGAGGAAGGGAGGUGGCUCCCAAGAAAAGGGGCCAGACUCCUUUGUAGAAACUCUGUUAUAUGACAUUAUAUAUCAAAAAAUUGCAUUUUAGAAAAAUGCUAAUUAAUACAAUGUGUAACCUAUAUAUAUAUACAUAGAUAUGUAGACAGAGCCACAAUGCGUUUUGAAUAAGUACUUAUAUACAUACUUGUAGGUAAUGAUAUCCCUUGCGGGGUAGACAGAACUCACACACAGUCUCGGAAAACGGAAAUAUUCCCAGUAAAUAUUCAAAACGCAUUUACAAACGAAAUUUAAUUCCUAGUUACUUAUUUCGUGGUCAAUACUUUGUUUGUGGUUUGCGGAACAUCUUAUUUUAAGAGGCCAUUGUAUGCAUUUAAUAAAAGGUCAUUAAAUUAUUCCGAAUAAGCUAUUAAGCACACGUGGCUGAAUAAAGAUAUUUUUUGUUAGGAUUAAUAAGUUUCUUUAUUCACUGUAACUCCAAGGCCGCUAAUAUUUCGUACACUGGUUUCGGCUAGUUCUAACUAGUGUAGGUAGGAUAAGAAAUUUGUUAAAAUAAUUAAAAAUGUACCCACAGUUAACGAAAUAAUAUAGGAGUUUAUUAGAUAUUAUAUUGUUAUUUAUUCCGAUGUCAGUGGAUGGUUUGUGGGUGUGUAUCUAAGAUAACCUAUAAGAAAAUAUAACUUAAUAUUGUACAAGAAGCUACAGACGGUAAAGUGACCUUGAUCCUCGGAUAAUAAAUGUUAUUACAAAAAAAAAGCUUAAAUGUUUUUACAAAUUAACAAAAAAAAGUAUCAUUUCUUCUUCAUGAUAUUUUUUUACAUGCUGUAUAUUAUUUCGGUCAUAAAGGUAUAGGUACCUAUAGUAAAUUAUGCUUUAGUAUUAAGUAAGUACUAGGUCAUAUGGUACUUAAAGCUAAGUAAGUAGGUAUAAAGUAUCUAAGCUUUGUAAAAAGGAGUGAUUCUAUUUCCCCUAAAAUUUAGGCUCUUAAUUAAAUAGAAAUAAUACUAUUCCAAAUACCAUGGUUUGUGUAUAAGUAGUAGGUAUGUAUAGCCACUAGGUUAUUUUGAAAUUACAUGAUUUUAAUAUGUCAAUAGCUUUAAUGUCUUUGUAUUUGUUCUUGUUGUAAUUUUACGUGUGUUUGAAAUUUGAAUUUGAUAUAUUUUUUAAAAUUAUAUUGUAUUAAAUAACUUUUUA